CUCGUGAUGCUGCCAGCAACAUUCAAGCUUUGCGCCGGCAUUUCCUACAGACACUUGCACAACAUGACAGGUUUAAAGAGGCAAGCAGCCGUAGCCAUUGUCCAGGAACUGAAGAAAGUUGCGUUUUCCAGGCCUGGCCCUACCCAGUGGAUCAACAACGUACACAGAAGAAGUUCUCUUCUAGGUUCGAGGCUGGAGGAGAACCCUUUCAGUGAUAUGGAGAUGUCCUACAUCAAGCAAGGAGAAGAAGCUAUCCAGAAGUCUCUGAAUAUUCUUGGCGAAAAAAGCGGCUGGAAAACGGAGGCAGUGAUGGGCAAUGGUGACAAAGUCUUGAGCAAAGUGUUGCCUGACGUAGGGAAAGUUUUCCAGCUUGAAGUAGUAGUUGAUCAACCCCUGGAUUGCGUCUAUGAUGAGUUAGUGGAAAAGAUGGAGCAGAUGGGAGACUGGAAUCCGAACAUUAAAGAAAUCAAGAUUCUCCAGAAGAUUGGCAAAGAUACCGUGAUCACUCACGAGACCUCAGCGGCAAUUCCUGGCAACGUGAUUGGUCCACGAGACUUUGUCAGCGUCCGGUGUUCCAAACGGCGUGGCUCUACAUGCCUCUUAGCGGGCAUGUCAACCACCUACACCGCCAUGCCAGAACAAAAAGGAGUUAUCAGAGCGGAAAAUGGUCCCACAUGCAUGGUUCUUCAUCCAGUUCUGGGAAAUCCCUCACAAACCAAGUUAACCUGGCUUCUCAGCAUUGAUUUAAAGGGAUGGCUUCCAAAGACACUGAUCAACCAAGUUCUUUCUCAAACCCAGAUGGAUUUUGCUAACCACCUCCGGAAUCGUUUGACCAAAUCUACAUCUGCGCAAGCCCUCCGAUACUAA